AUGCAAAUCCUCACUGCUUUAUCUGUCCUGUUCUUGAUUCAAGGGGCUUUGGCUGGCCAUCCCCAUGGAACCCACGCGAGGCGUCAUCGGAGCCGCCAGAUCACCCCCAAGGUCCACGCGAGAGCAGACCAGACGUACAAGCUUGUCGAUCUUUACCAGGGACAAUCGUUCUUUGACGGCUGGGACUUCUUCACCGGUGGUGACCCAACUCACGGUCUCGUUGACUUCGUGUCACAGUCCGAGGCGCAAUCCGCCGGUCUCGCCUACGUCCAGAGCGAUAACACGACCGUUCUGGCUGUCGAUGACAAGAGCACUGUUGCCGUUGGCGGUAAUCGGAAGUCUGUUCGGAUCACGUCGAAGAAGACUUACUCGAACGGCCUUUUCAUCGCUGACUUCUACUCGAUGCCCCAUGGUUGCGGUGUGUGGCCCGCAUGGUGGUCGACGGGGCCCAACUGGCCGAACGGUGGGGAGAUCGACGUCGUCGAGGGUGUCAACCUGGGUCAGACGAACCAGAUGACCCUGCACACCGCUGAUGGGUGCUCCCUGGACACUGCUACCGCAUUCACUGGGCACACCCUCGGCACGACAUGCGCAAGCAGCCCCGCCGACAACUCCGGGUGCGCGAUCGAAGACACGAACGACAACAGCUAUGGCCACGGCUUCAACAUGAUCGCCGGCGGCGUUUUCGCCCAUCUGUGGGACGACAACGGGAUCUCCAUUUGGCACUUCCCCAGGGGCAGCAUUCCCGCGGACAUCACUGCGAAGACGCCGAACCCGAGCAGCUGGGGCCAUCCUGCGGCGUCGUUCGCGAGCUCUAGCUGCGACAUCAAGUCCCACUUCUACGACCACUCGUUGGUGAUUGAUACGACCCUUUGCGGCGACUGGGCUGGUGCUGCGUACGCCUCUAGCGGAUGCCCCGCGACGUGCGAGGAGGCUGUAGCUGACCCUACCAAUUUCAAGAACGCGAAGUGGAACGUCAACUACAUCGCCGUUUACCAGUAA